AUGCCCCAGCUAAGUACAUUCAACUCCACGGGCAUGUUCAUUUUCCAAGCCGGGCCGGUGCCCUGUUUUGGUGCCCCUCCACAAGCUCAAGGUUCAACGGUAAGCACGGCCGAGACUGCUUUGGGAGAGGCGGUCGAGGCCCAGCAUCCAGAGGCUGCUGAGGAGACUGGCAACUCGGCUGAACAGGUCGCUCGCGGCCCCGAAGCUGACGACGUCGCGUCUUCGGAAGCGCCAAGGACGGGUGUUGACGCUGCUGCUACUGAAAGUUUGUCGGCGACGGACGAUGCCCCUUUGGCGAGCACUAGCCGAAGCGAGAGCCGAAAGAGGAAGCGAGAAGAUGAGGAUGCUGCUUCGCCAACUUGGGAGCCAGCUCCUGGGACCGAACCCAGCUCCGACACAAAUUCAAGCACUGCUACUCGGAGCAGCCUCAAGAGAAAGAUUCACGAAGAGGACGAAUCUUUGGGCGACAGGUCUACGAAGAGGCGUCGAGUCAGGUGCCAUCAAGAUAGAGCGACUCGGCGUGCUCUGAGGGCCAAGUAUAUCGAGCAAAGGGCGAGAGAUGCCUCUGGCACUGCCCCCGCUGCCCCUGCCGCCCCCACUGCCCCUCAAGACGAUUACGCUUGGCUCGCUGUGCCAGAGGAACUGGCAGCCGAGGUCGACCUCGAAGAAGUCGCCAACCUCGCACAAUUCUGGAGGAACCAGGAGAGGCCUAGUGGGUAUCGACGCCGCCGCCGUCGAGUGGCGCGGCCACGCUAUGCCGCCGCGCCGAGAGAGUAUUUUGGCCCAGUUGUCGACGAGCCACCCCGCGAGGCGUCCCCAAUUGAGCCCGCCGCCCCCGACAACGAUCGGGAAGCUACCAUGGCGGGCCUCCUUGCCGUGGGGACUGCUGCCCUGGCUGGCCUUGCUGCUGGCCUGGCGGUUUGGUGA